UACAACUUUGAGGCAUACGUUCCGAGGUCCCGAGCCAUGUCGCUGACCAACACAAAGACGGGGUUUUCGGUCAAGGACAUCCUGGACCUGCCGGACACCAACGAUGAGGAGGGCUCGGUGGCCGAGGAGCCGGAGGAGGAGAGCGAGGGGCCAGAGCCCGCCAAGAGGGCCGGUCCUCUGGGGCAGGGCGCCCUGGACUCGGUGCAGAGCCUGCCCCUGAAGAACCCCUUCUACGACAGCAGCGACAACCCGUACACGCGCUGGCUGGCCAGCACCGAGGGCCUCCAGUAUUCCCUGCACGGGCUGGCGGCCAGCGCGGCGCCCCAGGACUCCAGCUCCAAGUCUCCGGAGCCUUCCGCCGACGAGUCACCGGACAAUGACAAGGAGACCCCGGGCGGCGGGGGGGACGCGGGCAAGAAGCGGAAGCGGCGCGUCCUCUUCUCCAAAGCGCAGACCUACGAACUGGAGCGGCGCUUCCGGCAGCAGCGGUACCUGUCGGCGCCCGAGCGCGAGCACCUGGCCAGCCUCAUCCGCCUGACGCCCACGCAGGUCAAGAUCUGGUUCCAGAACCAUCGCUACAAGAUGAAGCGCGCCCGGGCCGAGAAAGGUAUGGAGGUGACGCCCCUGCCCUCGCCGCGCCGCGUGGCCGUGCCGGUUUUGGUCAGGGACGGCAAGCCGUGCCACGCGCUCAAAGCCCAGGACCUGGCAGCCGCCACCUUCCAGGCGGGCAUCCCCUUUUCGGCUUACAGCGCGCAGUCGCUGCAGCACAUGCAGUACAACGCCCAGUACAGCUCGGCCGGCACCCCCCAGUACUCGACAGCACACCCCCUGGUCCAGGCCCAGCAGUGGACUUGGUGAGCGCCGCCCCUCCGAGACUCGUGGCCCUGGGCCCGGGCUCCACCCCGGCUGCAGCGGCCGUGGCGAGGAGAACUUGGUCCUGGUUGUUAUUAUAAUAAUUAUCAGCACGGAGUCGCGUGAACUCGGGCUCCGUUGGGGAGGCGCCGGGACGCUGCCCGCACCUCCUUGGAGUGGCAGAGCCACCGCCCAGAGCCGCCCGGCCCCGCGCUCCUUUUGAACCUUUGAGAGGAGAGGGUGAACUCCUUCCGCCGUGUUUACAGAAAGUUUGCGCAGCUCCGCUCCUUGGCCUCUCCGCGGAGGGGAGGGCUGGGGCCCAAACCGACUCAGCGUGAACGUCCCGACUCCGGAAGGAGGAAAAGACCCACCUCCCUCCCCUGCCCCCUGCUUUUGUGAAUUUUGUUAAAUAUGUUCGCGUGAGUAGCGAUCUUGUCAGCAGUCUUCUUUUAAAGCAAGUGGAGAACGUUAACGUAUAGAGGAUCUUUGUCUCCUUUUUAUAAGAAAAUGCUAACUAUUUAUGGCCAUGUGAACGUUCUGACAGCUGGUGGCAGAUUUCGCUUUUCGUUGUAAAUAUCGGUGGUGAUUGUUGCCAAAAUGACCUUCGGAGCGGGCCUGUUCUCCCUAGAGGCCCACCUCCUUUCUUUGUGGUUUGUUUUGGUUUGCUUAUGUUUGGUUACCUCUGUUUCCUCCUCUUUUUUUAUUUUGUUCAGUGCAGACAUUUCUCAAAUAUAAAAAAGGAACAUGUAUAGGCGCGAAGCCCCCUGCCCUAUCACCCGGGUCCUGAGCCCCCAAUUUGGGGCUCAGUGGUUCCGUGAGGUUCCCUAAGAGCGC